UUCGGUAUCAGAUGGUCAUUUACAGGAUAUUACACAGCAGAUGGGCGGAGAGAUGAAGAUAGGUCUCUCAGACUUUCAGCACACAAUGACUGAGUCCGUCCGACAGAGCAACAUGUUACAUUCUGGAUAUUUUAUAUGGAUUUUAUUCUCCUCGUGGGGAAUAAUUGCGGCCACUGUGAAGACGCUUCCUCAUGUGAUAAAAUACCAAACAUUGAUACCUCAGAGGCUGAAUACGUCUCUUAUCAGUGAUGCUGCGACACAUGAGAAAUACCCAUAUGCACUUGAUUAUUCUAUGAGCAUUGCAGGGAGAAAUUACACUCUUCAUCUGGAGAAGAACAAAAAUCUUGUUGGAAAAAACUUUACUGUUACCCACUAUUCUGAUGAGGGCUCCCAAGUUUCAACUGCUCCAGAUCUUGGGGUUCACUGUUACUACCAUGGACACAUUGUUGGAGUGGAGGACUCCUCUGCCAGCAUUGGAUUGUGCACAGGAAUGAAGGGGUUUGUAACCCUUCAAGAUCAGAUGUACCUCAUUGAACCUCUGAAUGAUGAUGAGUCAGGACAGCAAGAUGGCAGAACAAACUCUGAAGCUUUCAGUGUUGAGGGUCCUCAUGCCGUUUACAACUACAGACACCUGAGGAGGAAGCGGAGCUCCUGUUCCCAUGGAAACACAACCACUUUCUAUGAUCAUGGAGCUCGUUCGUCUGGACUGUUCCACUUCAGCAGUCUGAAAAGCAGAUCCCAGAUCAAAAGCCAAUCAGGAAAACCCAGGACGGUGGAGUUGGUUGUGGUGGUGGACAACACAGAGUAUAAGAAGUUUGGCAGUAAGAAGAAAGUAGAGGCCAGAGUGCUUGAAGUAGCCAACCACGUGGACAAGCUGUAUCGCCCUGUGGGUAUUCGUGUGAUGCUCGUAGGUCUGGAUAUCUGGUCAUACCAAGAUCAGAUAAAGGUCAGCACUAACCCUGAAAGCACCCUGGUUCACUUCCUUGAGUGGCGUCAGCAGUACCUGGUGCCAAGGACCAAACACGACAAUGCACAGUUCAUUACGGGUGUGGAUUUUGACGGCUCCACUGUUGGCUUAGCCAACACCAAUGCAAUGUGCACUUCUAAGUCUGGAGCUGUCAAUGAGGACCAUAACAAUAACCCAAUAGGAGUGGCCUCCACUAUUGCCCAUGAGAUGGGUCACAACCUGGGCUUGUCUCAUGAUACUGAAAACUGUGUCUGUGGUUCGUUUACAUCAAAGAAAGCCUGUAUCAUGGCUGAUAGUAUUGGUAUUGUGUAUCCUGAACUGUUCAGCAGCUGCAGCCAGCUACAGCUCAGCAAGUUUUUGGAAGAGAUCAACCCUGCCUGUUUGCUAGAUGCUCAUUCCCCCACUGAUCGCAUCUAUGGGGGACCAGUGUGUGGAAAUGCCUUUUUAGAGCCCGGAGAGGAAUGUGACUGUGGCACUGUGGAGGAGUGCAAGAAUCCCUGUUGCAAUGCCACCACCUGCAAACUGAGUCCUGGAGCCCAGUGUGCAGACGGAGAGUGCUGCCAAAGCUGCCAACUGAAACCGACAGGCAGCAUCUGCAGACCAAAGGCAGGAGACUGCGAUCUGGUAGAAUAUUGUACUGGCUUCUCUGCAGCCUGUCCAACUGAUGCCUUCACCCAAAACGGCCUUCCAUGCAACCGAGGAAAAGGAUACUGCUAUAAUGGGCAGUGCCCAUCAAGGCAAGAUCACUGCAAGAGACUUUGGGGACCAGAUGCUGAUGUAGCACCAGAUGUUUGUUUCAAUCAGCACGGGGGCUGCAGAAAAACACUAGGAGGCCAGAGAUGCUCCAGCCGAGAUCAAUCCUGUGGAACACUCUUCUGUUCCGGAGGAUGGGAGUUUCCACUGACAUCCAGGAAGUCCUUUUACAAAUUAGGAAAUGGAGUAAUAUGCAAUGAGGCAAAAAUGAACCCUGAAGACAACUUCCCAGCUGACCUGGCCAUGGUGCCAGCUGGCACCAAGUGUGGCAACAAUAUGGUAUGCCGCAAUCAACGAUGCGAAGACAUCAAAAACAUAAAAGCAUACGGAACAAAUGACUGUUCAUCCAAAUGCAGCAACCAUGGGGUAUGCAAUCAUGAGAGUAAGUGUCACUGUGAUCCUGGCUGGGCUCCGCCUUUCUGUGACGUGCAGCAGUCAGAGAUUACUGAAGAGUCCAGCCUGGUUGUGUAUGUUGUAUCACUGGGGGUUUGCUUACCUCUGCUCUUGGUCCUGGUUAUUGGGAGUCUGAUGUGUUGUAUCAGAAAAAGGCAACCUACGAAGAGAUGCCUUCCAGCUACGUCGGGACAAUCAAACCCACUGUUUAGGUCUAGCAGUCCACGAGGCAGUCCUCAGCUCAGAUCCCCACACAUCAGCCAGCCUACAUUUUUGGAGUCAUCAGCCACUCAAGCCUGUAAACCUCUCUCCUCUGCUACUAACAAACCACAGACUGGAGCACUGAAGCCAUGCAGAUCAGCUCCAGAGCCACCCAAGAAAGUACUAGCUGUAGAUCAGUCAUCAAAGAUUCCCCAGGUUGCAUGUCCAUUAAUGCAGCCAUCAGCUGUGUCAAGGCUACCAGUUUAUCCUGAGAAAAGGCCGCUUCCUCCAUCAAGACCUCUUCCACCCCUUACAACAAAACCAAUCAUGAAGCCAAAAACUCCAAUGCUUCCAGUGAAGCCAAAGCCCUCUGCAGCCCCAUCCUCACUGCCACACACUCAGCUGCUUGGAGGAAAAUCUGCCCUGAUGCCCCCCUGUAGGCCAAGAUGACAGAGGAAAUAAUUUACCCUGGAGUACACACUGAGAUCCUCUGGCGAAUGAUCAUUUUUUUAUUGCACCUUGAAGGAGCAAGAAGAUCUUCUGAAGAUAAUUGUCUGUUUUAAAGUGGAAACAAGAUCCACAGAAGGGUCAGCAACAUUAACAGACAGCGCUUUUCCAUUAAUUAUAGUAUCCCUGUGGAUUACCAUUGUCUGUGUCCUGCUCCUGCCAGCCUUCAUUAUAUUGAUACGAACCUGAAAACAUGUUCAGCAGACUCGGUCUGAGUGCUUUAUCAAUGACAAAUUGCUGCCAUAAUUGUUUUUAAUGUAGUUUUAAGGGAAAUGUUUUGAUGCGCUGAUCCUGGGAUUUGUGAACUUAAUGAAUCAGCCACCUUAUCAAUGUUUUUGUUUACAUGUACAUCAACAUCCUGGCUAUGACUGGGUUUUUUAUUUUUAUUUUUUUGAAGUAUACUAGUUACGUAUUGCUCAUCUUAUUCUGCACUCAGGAACCUGGACAUGCUACUUGGAAUACUCUGAGAGAAACCAGGAUACUGCAGCAAAUAACAACCUAUCCAGGUUUCUGAACAUGCCCUGCUGGUCAAGAUCAUAAUGGCCAAGAUGAUAAGAAAAUUAAAUAGAACUGUAUACGCACAUAAUCAGAAACCUGGAUAUUUACAUGGUCGUGUAUACGGGGAACUUAAUAACAAGAUUCUCAUGGUCAAUGUAAGCACUACUUCUCUAGAAUUAUCAAAACCUGGAUGAGAAGAUAUUGAUUGUGUUAAAAUAGUCAAUGGUGCAACUGUUUGAAGUGCUACUGUUUUCUCAUGAUUUUGUUACUGGAUAUUUUAAAAUCUUGCCCUGGACAGCACUGGACAGAUUGUAAUACUUCCUUAUCCUUAUGCACAAAUAUGUAAGUAUCUUUAAUGUUCUACUGAGGACCAGAAUUCCCAAACUGAAAGAGACAUACAACAGCCACAAAUUAUUGCAGAUACUAAUGUCGUUCUCAAACAUGUUUUGCAUAAUGUUAUAUUUAAGUUAGAUCUGUUUUUGUUUUCCUUUUUUUUUAUCCAAUUUUACAUAAAUGAGUUUAGUCUUUUUAUUUAUCUAUUUGUGGUUAUUUUGAGUCCCAAAAUUCUGUUUUGUGCCAUUGUUUGUUCUGUAUUGCAUUUAUUUGUCCAUUGUAUAGUCAUUUUGCAUAAAUUUGUAGCCAGUUUUUGUCUCUUCGUGGUUAUGGUACUUUUUAUAAGGUUGUUUUAAGUCUAAUAGCAGUAGUUGUCUUUCGGUAAUUAUUUUAGUUGGUGAUAUAUGUGCUUUAUGUUUUUUUUUUUUUUUUAUUGUUAAUUUUGUGUCUCAAUCUCUUCCAGGGAAAUAUUUCACAACUAUGUCAGGGUUACAAUGUUUUUUGGGUCCCUAUGCCAUUUAGUACUCAUCUGUCCAUGGCACUGGAAUGGGCACUUUAUUAUUUAAUUUAACUGUAUUGUUUUAUUAUUUUUUUAAAUAGACGUAUUUUAAAAGUUUUUUUUCCCCUCUUAGCUAUGAUUGCUUGACUUUGUGCAUCUAAAUUAUUAUCUGACAUUUUGAUUGUAAUUCUUAAAGAGAUUAUAUCUUUAUUUCUUAAUGAGAGGAUACUGGUUUGAUUUAUGCAGAUUUUUUUUCCCUCUGGUUUUCUUUUGAAGUUUAAAGUCCACUUUACAAUAAAUAUUAA